UUUGCAGAGGGGAGGGGCGGAGCGAGGAUUAAAAGGGGACAUUGAGAGCGGGAUUCGGGCGGAAAGGGAGGCAGGGUGGGCUCGAGGCAGGCGGAGGAGAGAAGAAGGGAGACAGCCAGCCAGUGCACGAUGCAAGAAGACUUCAUUCAGGAUUGAUUCAUUCACCCAGGGAUUCAUUCACCCCGAGCGGCAUUAACGGGGGUUAGUUAAGCUCGGGUCUCGGCUCACUCGCUCACUCCCUCCCUUCUCGGCCCUUCCUGCCCCCGAUGCUGGAUACGCUCCGUCCGUCGGCGUCCAUGGCGGCGCUGGGGAAGACGGUGGCGUGGCUCCACGAGCAGCUGGAGGCCGGCAACGAGCGGCUGCUGCUGAUGGACUGCCGCCCGCAGGAGCUCUACGAGUCCUCGCACAUCGAGUCGGCGGUGAGCGUGGCCCUGCCGGGGCUGAUGCUGCGCCGGCUCCGCAAGGGCAACCUGCCCCUCCGCGCCCUCUUCGCCCGCGGGCCCGAGGAGCGCGAGGAGUUCGCCCGCCGCUGCGGCACCGACACCGUCGUCCUCUACGACGAGAGCAGCGCCUCGGGCGGAGGGAGCGGCGGCGGCGGCGGGUGGAACGACAACGCCGCCGCCGGCUCCGUCCUGGGCUUGCUGCUCCAGCGCCUCCAGGACGACGGCUGCAAGGCCUUCUACCUGGAAGGUGGUUUCAGCAAGUUCCAGGCAGAAUAUGCUCUUCAUUGUGAAACUAACCUAGACAGUUCCUGUAGCAGCAGCUCUCCCCCUUUGCCAGUCCUGGGUCUAGGAGGCCUCCGAAUCAGCUCAGACUCUUCCUCAGACAUUGAAUCUGACAUUGAUCGAGAUCCAAACAGUGCCACCGACUCUGAUGGCAGCCCUCUGUGCAACAACCAGCCUUCCUUCCCAGUUGAGAUCUUACCUUACCUCUACCUGGGCUGUGCCAAGGAUUCCACUAAUUUGGAUGUUCUGGAAGAGUUUGGCAUUAAAUACAUCUUGAAUGUCACCCCCAACCUGCCGAACCUCUUUGAGAAUGCUGGAGAGUUUAAAUACAAGCAGAUCCCUAUCUCUGACCACUGGAGCCAAAAUCUGUCUCAGUUCUUUCCUGAGGCCAUCUCUUUUAUAGAUGAAGCUCGUGGGAAGAACUGUGGGGUGCUUGUGCACUGCCUAGCAGGAAUCAGUCGCUCAGUCACCGUGACAGUUGCCUAUCUUAUGCAAAAGCUCAACCUCUCCAUGAAUGAUGCCUAUGACAUUGUCAAGAUGAAGAAAUCCAACAUUUCCCCCAACUUUAAUUUCAUGGGACAACUGUUGGACUUUGAAAGGACUCUGGGGCUGAACAGCCCGUGUGACAACCGGGUGCCCAGCCAACAGCUGUACUUCACCACUCCUUCCAACCAAAAUGUCUUCCAAGUGGACUCGCUGCAGUCCACGUGAGUGCCAGCCAAUUCCCAGCCCUUCUAGCCUUGGGUCAUGUGAUCAUUCCUCAAUGGUUCUCUUUGACAGCAGCAAACAAACACUGCACUCUUUUGUGGCCACUGCUAUUGAGCAGGGGUCCGCCUGUGUGCUUAACAAAAAUAAAAGGUUACAAAGUUUGAAAUCUGCUAUUGCAAAGGAAGGGGACUUGCUGAGUUCUCCCAGGGAAAAAGAAAAGAAAUUUCAGCCGUUGUUGGUUAGGUAGGCAGCUUAUUUUUGCUGAAUGCACAAAAUGAACAGAAAACCCGACCUAUGCAGUGACUUGGAACUGAGGACUUCCAAACACGGUUAGGGGGAGAACAGACACUCUGAGCACAUGUUUUCUGUGGUGAGACUGAGAGAAAUGUAUUUGUUGCAUUUGUAAUACCUGUUGUCUUCAAUGAAGACUUAAUUGUUUAGGGUUUUUUUCUCCUUGUGUCGAUUUAGAGGAGCCAAAGAAGGGUUUCAGCUCAAUAUAUUUGGAAUAUUUGUUUGCCAAGAGCUUUAUCAUGCUUGGUUUUUGAUCGAUGUAAAUGUUUUAAAUUGCAAAUGAAUAAGAGACAUCAGUUUUAAUGAUAGGUACAAGAGGUCAAUGUGAGGGAUGGCAUUUUUGUCAUCUUUGGUAAUCCAUUCUUUUCUCAGUGCAAAGGUUACAUCUGCAGCAUGUUAAAUGAGACAAACUUUCUUCCUUUGUUAGAAACUGAAUGUCUGCUUUGAGGUUGUUUUGUCCAUUCACACUCUGUGGAUGGAUAAGAUCAUAUCAGUUCCCCCCUCUCCCUAUUUUGUGGUGGUAGUCUUUCUUUCUCACUUUAUAUAUAUUUCUUGAGUGUGCCAUCAGUACAGGGUCUCAUUAUGACUUUUUUUGGCCUUAUCUUUGUAAAUAGUUUAGCUUGCUUUUUUCUUUUGGAAGAGAGUUCUGUUUUCACAUAGAAGGAACUACUUUUUGUUCUGCUCUAAACAAAUGAGUAAAAAUUGAUAUGUGCUAAACAGUGCAUUACCUCUGUACAAACUCUUCAGGGAGCUUCACCUCAAAUGCAAAAAAAUUGCAUUUAUUUUUGUAUAAAACUGGAAGUGUGUGUGAGCAUUGUAUAGCUGUGUAUAUGCAAGAGAAUCUUGCAUACGAUGGUCAAUAAGGGAGAUUCUCUAAUUUGCCAGUGUAAAUUUGAGGUUUUAUUCUAAAGAAUGUAAGAUCGUAAAUUAUUAAUAAAUAACUAUUUUUGGCUAUGGA